CCCUUUUCCUUCGUUCACGUUUCACAGGAAGAAGGACGACUACACUACUGCCACAAGAGUAGAGUAGAGAAGAGAAGAGACAGAUACCCAAACUGCUGCCGCUGCCAUGGACGACGGAAGGAGAGAGGAAGAGACGACGAGAGAAGAGCCGUGGCUGGAAGAGGCUUUCCUCUGUUGACGACCGAUGCUUUUCCAUUCUAAUUUCCAUUCUUUUCACUUCUCCGGAAAAAAACUUGAGUUCAACACUGGGUAGGCAUAAUCAUACCCCCAACCAACUGAACAAGACUUACUAGAUCAUUCUAGAAAAUUCAGUUGAAAUGGACGAAGGAGGACGCGAAAGCCGGAGACAUAGGUUGGACUACUACAAAGUACACCAGGUUAAAGAGCAGAAUGCUUUCCAUAUGAAUGUAAGAAUCGGCAUGCUCUGCGACGAAAAGGAUGCUGCUAUAAAGGAGCGGGACAGAGCCCUGGCCGAAAAAAGAGCAGCACUGGAAGAACGAGACAUCGCCACUAAGCAGAGAGAUGCAGCGAUUGUGGAGCGCGACAAUGCCCUAAGGGAGCGCGAUAACGCCAUUGCUGCGCUCCAGUUUCAGGAGAGCACAAUGAAUGCUCUGUUGGGUGGUGGCGGCGGCGCACGUGGGUUGAAGCGAAUGAGCUUGCAGUCGACCCAUAUGCUGAUGGAACAGUGCAUAACUGAUGCACUCCCAGUGUCCGCCGUUCCAUGUGAAGCAGCAAAAUCACUCAAGGCAGCAGCAAGGAUUGCUACAAACAAGGAUCUCAAAUCGAAGAGAGCUAAGCCACCUAGGAAAGGGAAGAAAAUAAACGAGGAUUUGAACACAACCGACGGGUCUAAGGCUAAAUGGGAUGCUCAGGAUUUUGAUUCCCUGAACCAUAUAUCUUUCGACGAGUCUACCAUCCCAGCACCCAUGUGUUCAUGCACAGGAGUGCCCCGCCAGUGUUACAAGUGGAGCAAUGGAGGGUGGCAAUCGUCUUGUUGCACGACUUCCCUAUCGAUGUACCCUCUCCCUCAUGUGCCAAACAAGAGGCACGCCCGAAUGGGUGGCCGGAAGAUGAGUGGGAGUGUAUUUCGAAGGCUGCUCACAAGACUGGCGGCAGGCAGACACGACUUGUCUAUCCCUCUCGAUCUCAAGAACUAUUGGGCUAAACACGGUACGAAUCGCUACAUAACUAUCAAAUAAUUCAUUGCAUCAUGGUUUUUUUGCUCAUAAUUCUGUGUCUGCCUGCUUCUGUCAAGAAUCUACUGGGGGCCUUGGUAAAUAUAGCAUUUAGUUGGCUGGUGGUGGAUUCACUGUUGCUUUUUCAGCUUUGGGUUCUUUUUCGUUUUCCAAGUGUAUGUGUUCUGUGCAUUUAAAUAACCUGUGGGAAGCCUAAAUCUGGCCCUUAAUGUUAGAAUAGUUAUUUUAUUUGUUUUUAUGUAUA